AUGGCCGCUAGGGUCGUAAAGUCCUCGAAUGGCGAUCUCAUACUGGAAGACGGAGUGUUAGUAGUCCACGGAUCGAUGAUCUGGUCAAGAUCGCCGGGAAAGGUGGGUAGGGCACAUGGUGAACGGGGCUGCGGAGGUGACGCGGCGCUAGUUGGCCGCGCGCUCGGCGAGGUCGGCCGCGGUGCAUGUACGCGGCAGCAGGGGGCGCCUCUCUCGCGGGCCGAAAGAGUGCUUGAAUUACUCAAAAUAGAGGCGCGCCAACACGGCCGCCUGCCCGCGCCGCUGGGCUCGCGCCCACACAGCCCCAUCCACCCAGCACCAACCGGCGUCCGAGCAUUCUCCUGCCAGCACUGGGAGUCCCGUCUCCUCGCACCACCUCGGUUCCCCCCCGCCCUCGUCAACGAGCCACAGUUGCCAUGCGACGUCGUCGAGUGCGCUGCCGGUCGGGCAGCGUGGCAAGAAGCCGCAGCGCUUUCCAUAGGGGGCGGAGGCGCCGGUGCUGGAGGGGCGGCACGACGCUGCUCCGUCCUCGGAGACCACCCUGGAGCUCGGCGCGACCCCAGAACCAAGUGGCACAGAACCAACCGGGUGCGCGAUGCGUCGUACGGGUCCUCGGAGUCAGAUGGCGACGAGAAUCCCGGAGACAAAUGGGGAGUGGCUCGUCUCCUCUACGCAGGACUGGCCAUCCUGGCUGUGGGGCUCGUGGUCUACUUUGUUGGCACAGGAGACAAGGGUUUCAAGACUCCAGCUCUAAGGCUAGUGGGUCCGUCGCUCAUCAUAGCUGGUCUGGCCUGCUGUUUGCUUCGUAUUAUGUUCUGUGUAUGCGCCAAGCCAUGCUGCAAACGGCGAGCCAAUCACAAGGAGAACAGAAGACUGUCAGGUGGUGUGGAAGGCGAAGAGAUGCCGUUAGCGGGGUGCAGGGCGGGGCGGUCUGGCCCCGCACAGUGCUCGCCCGCGCGACGCCUCGACGCGUCUUCCUGCGACGUGUCGAGCCUUUCAAGUGGGGAAGAGGACGAGCGUCUGCGGAGGUACCGCACUGCGAACGCGCUACCGAUAAAACCGCAGCCGCAGGCAUCGCCACAACCACAACCGCAACCGCACACUGUUGUUGUACAGCAAGCUAAUCCUCAAAGUCGACCUCACCCGUCUGCAUCAGCUCUUCACACGGCAAACUCUGCAAGACGGCCGCCGCCCCGAAACGUCUCUUUUGCUGGCGAUCCCGACGGUGAACUAGUUCUAAGUCCAGCACAACUCCGAUCCUAGUCGAACUCUUUCUUACUCGCGAUCGACGGGAGAAUACAACACAAGUUAUCACACUUAGGCUGCAUUUAGUGCUCGACCGACGGACGGUCAGCGCUGACGUCGGUCAAGCGUAGCUACAACAAUGAAAACAUAGCUGAUGAAUUGCUACGCGCGUACAGCUACGUCGCACAUACGGAAAUCUUCGGUCGAGCUCGUCGGUCCGCUGCAGCUGACGCGCUAUGGCGAUAAAUUUAUACGUUCCGUGUGACGCUGACCGAGCAGCCGAUCGUACGUGCAUUAGCAACAUCGUAAUCAAAAAUUCUUGUUCUAGCAUGUUUGAAUAUAUUGUAUAAUUUUCUCCUUCAUUAUGACGCUCUAUAAUAAUUGAGUAAACAUGAUAUUGUCUUCUCCGUCUUUUCCGCACGCACAUAUUAAAGAGGUUAAAUUGGAUUCAUUUUUCUUCACAAUUGUACACACUCAAUAAAUUUUUCUGUUAUCGUGUACGGGGACACGCUAAGCUCGACCGACGUCAGCGCUCACCGUCGGUCGAGCACUAAAUGCAGCCUUAUAUCUUUAUUAUAUCCUUAUUAUCACUGAAGCAAUAACGAAGCUUACAUAUUUAAUCUGCGAUUUAUUUUUAACGCGUUUCAAGUCGAUUAUCAAUUGACAGUUUUGAUGAAAACCAUGAGAACUUACAAUUUUCCUUUAGCUUCCAAUUAAAAACGUUCAGUAGUCGAAAAGACCAAAGAAAAGACUUAUCACAGUAGACGUUUCGAUCGUGCUUUUACAAAUAUUUGCGUAUAAGGCUGUGAAUUUUGUAUUUUAUAUUAAAUAAAGCAAUUUCAUAAUCAUCAUAAUCAAACAGACUAUCAGUUUGAGACAUUUGACAUUGCGAUUGAUAGCGCUUGUGGAAACAUGUUUUCAAUUUACGUAAGUUCAAUGAAAAGCAAAACUGUCAAUUUGAUAACAACCAUGAGCCUUUACUUAAUGAGACAUUAACAAAAAGUAAUGAUGUUUCAAUUUAAUUCACGUUUGAUAUUAAUAAGGUUUAUUUAUUUAAACAUAAGGUUUAUUUCUAUACACAACAUAGUCAUGGCUAGACUGACCCAUGCAACAGGGGGUAAUCACAACACGACAUACGAGUAUUAUAUACAUAAUACCUCUUUUUUUUAAUUCAGGAUGAUCCUUUAUUUGCAUUUCAAUAUGGCAACCAUAAUUCUAUGCCCAUAUAGUACAGAUAUCGCUGAUCUAUAACAUUCGUAAUUGAUACCAUCAAAAAAGAUCUGGUAAUUUCAACAAAGGUGAUAAUAAUUAAUAACAAAGGUUAAAUAAUAUUUGCUAAUUCUGUUUAUAUCAAGAUACACUCUCUAAUAUCAAGAGCGGCUAAUAUUAACAAAGGUAAUAAUAAUUAAUAACAAGUGUUAAAUAGCAUUUGCUAAUUCUAUUAUUAUUAAGAUGCACUCUCUAAUAUCAAGAUCUGCUAAUAUCAACAAAGUUAAUAAUAUAAUAACAAGUGUUAAAUAAUAUUUGCUUAUUCUGUUAAUUUCAAGAUACAGUGAGAUUGAAAGGAAGAUAUGUUUUAUGGAACUCACGACAACUACAAUGUAUUAUAAUUUUAAUCUUUUAUAAGUUAUAUCAGCUGUUACUGAAAUGGAAUCAGUAAUUGAAAUACCAAUCUCGGUUCGACGAUUAAUAAAUACUAUAGAAAUAUCGUGUGGAAUAUUGCAUUAUAAAAAGUAUUCCAUUAACUACUCGUGGAAACCGCUAUUUUAUAAAGUGCACUGUAAUAUAACUGUUAAAUAAAUAGCAAUGAAUGUAUAAUGUAAACCUAUAUGUUAAAUCUGCCUAUACUAGUUGCGAAUUUAUAUUUAAAUAAUAUAUAAUUCAUAAAAUAGAUUUAAACAGACAAUAAUGAUUGUUAACUGAUGUGUAAAGUGUUAUGUCGUAUGUGAGUUGAUUUUAUUUUAAUUAUACUAUCCAAGUAAUACAAUGUUCAAGCGAUGAGGUUCUUUUUAACAAUAUUUUAUUUUAUAACGUAUAUUUAUAAUGUUAUGAAUAUAUUGAGAGUAAAAUCUAAUUUGUGUUAAUAAUACAGGAUGUGCCCAGGACCACCUGCCCGUCGUCAUAGUAUGCCAUGCAUACUCUAUGGAGUAAGUCAAAGUCAAAAUUCUUCAUUUACAGUAGGUCAAACGUAACCUGCAUCGAAGAAUCUUUAACAUUGUGAAACCCUGCUGAAACUAUCUUGACAAUUACUGUUUCGCCUCUACACGAUGCACUCAGAUAAAAUAUAUUCAUAACAUUUUAAAUAAUUAUUUAGUUCCGUUAAGUAACGCCUAAUUUAAAAUAAAUUAUUAUAAAUUAUAUAUAUAGUUAAUAUGCUAUGAUAAAAUAUUUCAUAGUUUUAAGGCACACCACUAAAACAUUUUCAAGCGCGGGAGUCGCGACCGGCCACAAAAAACUACUAUCGUUAGCCUUUGAGUAGUCAUUUCUGUGCUCUCUUAUCCCGGUUUGAAGCUGUAGAUUCUUUCCAAUCACAUGAGCAUAAGACAGUCCAUCUCAUGAUGACAUAAGCUUUUCUAAUGUGGCUUUUAGCUUGUGUCUUAAGGCAUUCUCAUUAAAAAAACAAAUUUGGGAUUGAGAUUAGGAUAACCCUAAUUCCAACUCUGAUUUUCAGUAGGUAACCAAAUCGACCUGUCGACAGCAGCAAGGUUCCUUCCUCCUUUUAGGUCUUAAAAAUACUAGAUAAAAAGAAAAAGAAAUGAGUGUUAGUUAGUUUUUUUUAAUUUUUUUUUAUUAAUAAUAGAACAUAUAUUGAGUUUUUUUUAAUUUAAGAUUUCUUUCUGAUUAUUAUUAUUCGUUGUAUUCUUCUGAACCCUUUUGUUUUUCUGGUAAUAACGUCAUGGUGAGUUUUAUUUUUAACAACUCACUCACUCAUAUAUCUCGAAAGAGGUAGGCACAUUUAUACGGUAAUGCGCUACAUCAGGAAGAUAGUAAUUUCGGAAUAUAAUAUACCCUUUUAAAUAUUAUUAAAUGUAUAUAAUACUAGUUCUUGCUGUAAGCAUUACUGAGUUGGCAGGUAGGAGUAUUUAUUGUUUUCUCGGUAAUGAAGUUUGAAAAUGAAAUUAUUUAUUUAAUUUAUUUAUUAUUACUUUUACAAUGUAAAAAAGAAGUUAUAGUGGCAUAUCUACAAUGGUUGCACAUAUGGUAUCUCGGUGUUUUUUGUAGAUAUUGAUACGUUCUAUACAGUAGGACAUUAUUUGUUCUCUCAUCAAUACUUUCCGCAGCGCACGCGAUAACAGAUUUUUAUGACAAUUUUUUUUAUUCACACCUUGGGUUAUAUUAUUGCAUUUUUAGUAGCGAUCCCUAUUUUUUUUUUAUUGUGAUACAGCCUAUGUCACUCAGUGAAGAUGCAGCUUUCUAAUCGGAAA